GAUACCUUUUCCCUGGACCUUUCCGAGUCCAUCCACAAAGGCAGUGAGCAUUGUAUCCAACUCGUUCACACUGUAUCGCCUGAAGUGCCUAUCACUUUCCGCCCCUUCAAAAGAGGCAAUUGCUUGGGUGCCUCUGAGCUGAAUGAGCAUGAACUAGGAAUUUCAACGCCUGCACCUCUAUUGGAUUGGUGGGGCUCCAUGCGUGUAAAUAUAACUUCGCUACCUCGCACACCGGAUGCUCGGUCCUGGUGGGCUAAGUACAUCCAUCCAGUGGACGUACGAAAGGCGACCUGAGGAGUUGUCUGUUCUCCAGCUUCCCAUCGACCUGUUUGUCAUGGGUGUCAAGGGCUAUUUCGCCGACGCUGUCCGCUACCGUCAUGCCUAUGGCCUUGCCGCUUCCGCUGCUACAGGCUUCGUUUUCUAUGGUUGGGACACCGGUCUCAUCGGUGGAAUACUCGCCAUGUCCUCCUUCAAAUCAUAUUUCGGUCUAGACAAAAUGACCGCCUCCGAACAGGCAAAUCUCAACGGCAACAUCGUUGCUGUCCUUCAAGGCGGUUGCUUCUUCGGAGCACUGUUCACAGGUUAUCUAUCGGGCAGGUUCGGUCGUAAACCUACCUUGUUGUCUUCAGGUGUCGUCUAUCUCAUCGGUAGCUUGAUACAAUCCAUCGUUGGUAUCGGGACAAGCGCUACAGUUGCCUUGCGUCUGCUGUACUUCAGUCGCUGGCUUGGUGGUGUCGGCGUGGGUAUGGUCUCUGCUCUUGGGCCGUCUUACGUGGCGGAGUGUGUCCCUGGGGAGAUUCGAGGUCGUUGCGCUGGAAUGGCUCAGCUUGCUAACAACAUUGGCACUAUGUUGAGCUUUUGGGUCAACUACUCCGCGGAAAAGAACCUUCCUCAUGGGAAUAUGCAAUGGCGCCUUCCCUUCAUCAUUCAGAUGGUCCCUGGUGUCUUCUUCAUGGUAUUUAUGAUCUCUCUACCCGAGUCUCCUCGAUACCUCGUCGAAAUCGGAAAGUAUGAACGCGCUGCACGUUCACUCGCGUCUGCAUCUGGACUAUCUUCCGAUGACGAGAAUGUCCGCACCACGUUAGAGGAGAUCAAGGCUGAUUUCGAGGGCAAGGAGAAGACGCCGCUCUUGAAGCAGCUUGCCAUGAUGCGGGAAUCACGUACGACCGCUCUCCGAUGCUUCAUCCCCUCGUUCAUCAUGUUCUGGCACCAAGCUACUGGCACUAAUGGGAUCAACUACUUCUCGCCCACCAUAUUCGCCAGCUUAGGCGUGUCGGGUACCACAUCCGGCUUGCUGGCCACAGGCGUCUAUGGUGUCGUCAAGACCAUCUCAGUCGCUCUCGCCCUGGCUUUUGCUGUCGAAAGUCUCGGACGUAAGAAGUGUCUCAUUAUUGGUGGCCUUGGCCAGGCGACCAUGAUGUUCUGGAUUGGCGGGUUCUCUGCUAUCCACCCCCAACGCACAGUCGUUCCCGCUUCCUACGUCUCCAUUGCCGCCGUAUACCUGUAUGCCAUCUUCUUCUCCCUCGGUUGGGAACCCUUGCCAUGGGUCGUCGCUGCGGAAGUCGCUCCUAACCAUGUCCGUAACGCAGCGUACGCCGUUGCUAUUGCCGUCAGCUGGCUCUUCACCUUCACCGUUUCCAAACUAACGCCUAUCAUGCUCGAGAGAAUCACCUACGGUACCUUCCUCGUAUUCGGUUGCGACUGUAUCCUUAUGUCUGCUUGGGUGUACCUUUUUCUUCCUGAAACAAGGGGGUAUGCCCUCGAAGAUAUCAAGUAUCUCUUCGAGCGCGACGUUGUGGUCCGUUCGUUGCAGGAUGCACCGGGUGGUCGUUUAUUCUUGGGUGGCAAGCGUGCUAUUCCGGUCGAGGAACUCAAGGCUGCGGAGAUGGACAUAGGAUCUCAUGACGACAUCAAAGACGUCAAAGUUGAUGACGGAGGCUUCAAGCUGGAUGCAUAGACCAGACGUUUUCUGUACUGUAGCGCUAUCUCCUGACUCAUUUGAAACUGUCGACUGUCCACGCCCAUACCGAAGGGAUUCAUA